GGGCGCUGGAUGGAGCUCAGCGGGAAGGGCGGCGGGGCGGCGCGGGGGCAGCACCUCCCCGGCGCCCCGCAGGACAGCGCGGGAGGGAGGCGGAGCGCCCCUGGGGAUAGAGCUUUAAAAUUUCAUUUUGAACAGGAUUUAGAAGAAGAACGUCGGACAUUGAAAGAGGAUCAGAAAUUACAUCGGAGUAAGGCACAAAAAUAUUUGAUAGAGACAAACAGAAGAAGAAGAGCCUUUGAAGAAAGACAGAAGCAAGAAGAAGAAAAAGAACAAAGAUUUAGACAAAGAGUUCUUCAGCAAAGGAAAAUUAAACUUCAGGAGGCAACUGAGAAGUUCCAGCGUGCUCAUCUGCCUUUUUCUCAGCACAAACAAAUAGUCCAGACAAAAGCAUCUUCUCAGUUAGAAGAAGCUCUUGAACAACUUAAAGGAUCGGUUUUAACAUCAGGAUUGUCCUUCCCAAGGAUAAACAAAAUCAACUUCAGCACCACAGAUGAUACAUCCUCAUCAGCAUCUAGAAAUGAUUCUUUCCAUCAGAAGCAGAUGUCAACAAUGUUUGGCUGUGAUAAACCAAUACAAGAGAGCAGUAGAACAAACAUGGAUAGUCACCAACUUCCCUUCCAGAAAAAUCUGAAAGAAAUGCAGCAGCUCCUUGAAAAACAGCAUCUGAACAACUUGGAGAAUUUUCAUCAGGAACUCAAUGAAACAGAUGAUUCAGAAAGCCUGACAAGCCUUGACAGUCUUGAGGCUGGAGGACAAAGUGGAGAUUACAUAACACCGAAUGAAUCAUCUUUGACUGCACAGUGUGACUGUGCCCUGUAUGAUCCAAAAAAAUCCCAGACUAGGAAUAGUGGUUUACUUCAUAUAGAUCAAAGUACUUCUAAAAAUGCGCAUCUAAAUAAUUGCUUGAGAAAUGCAGAUCCACACUACCACAACAUACCUAUUCAUGAUCUUUUAGCUAAACAUAAUGUUCUAACUCCUGCUGAACAUGUGAACGCUUCAGAAGAGGAAUCAUCUGCUUCUCAGAGAUCUGGAAAAAAACUUCCAGAGUUCUCUACCUCUGAUAAGCAAAAGAGCUCUGUAAUUAAUACAUUUAGUUUUCUGCAAAAUAUAGAAGAAGACAGAAGCAAGCCAUUUUCUGGAAUGGCUAGCACAUUAGCCAUUGGUCAUCCUGUUUUCAAUCCUAGCAAAGCCUGGGACAGCCCUGAUUCUAUUCCAGGAGAAAGAGUUCAGGAUCUGAUGCAAGAUCAGAGUUUUAAAAUGACUCCACAGAAGAGAACUAUAUCUGUGCAAGCAUCCAGUCAACCUAUUGCAACAUCUAUAAUCUUAUUUCCUAAUCGGGGAUGUUCCACUGGCAUUCCCAGCACAGCUGAUACAUUACCAAAGGACAAAAAUAUCAGUACAAAGUUUUUAAAAAAUACCUCAGGAAAAAUGACUGAAACAAAAGAAGAAAAUAUUAAAUGUAUUAAUGAUACUAUUCCAGGAACAUCUUUAUUUCAAGACAUACCAAAUGCCUCAGUUUGGUUGGAAGUUAAGCAACAGAAUACCAAAGAGAAAGGAAAGGGAAAUAUAAUUGACACUAUGUCACUGGUGUCAGAUACAGAGUUCAAUUCUGGAAUUCCUGCACAGGACAAAACCCUGAAAAGUAAUAUUCUUGAAAGAAAAAGAGCAAAGUUAUUCAGAAGUAUCCUAAAGAAGGAUUCUAAAUAUGAAGCCAGUCCUUUCAAAACUGUGGUUAUGAACCAUGGGAUCAGUUUUGGAACUCGAUCCAUGUCAUCUAUCAGAGACAGUUUAGAACUGGCAAAAAUAAAAAAGAAAAGUGCAGAAAAUGAAAAAUACAAUAGGAAGCUAAGAUGGUGUGAUCAAAUUGACCAGAUAAUAACAGAAAAUAAUGAAAAAUGCUAUGAAAAAAGCACCAGUGAAAUAUCUUCUUCAAAGCUGCAAUAUGUUCAAACUGCAAAUAAUUCUCCUAAGAAUAAUUUAAGUAUUGUUGCUCAACCUUCAAACCCCACGUUCAUGAAAAAUCAUCAGGAAAAUUCUCAUAUAUCAAAACCAAAUGUUAAUACUGAACAAUCAAAUAAAGAAUGCACAUCUCAGAAUAUAUUUAUGUCUACUGAAUACUUUUCUGCUAAAAAAGCUUGGAUGGUGUCAAAAGAUGAAGCAAGUAAACCCUCAGUAUAUAGCAAUAAUUCUAAAAUUAAUGAAGGUAAUCAAAAUAAGGCAAAAAUAACUGGAAGAGAAACAUUUGUAAGAGCCCAGUCAAGUUUUAUGCCCAAGAGAAGAGGCACUAUACUCCAACUGCAGUCAGCCACUGGAGCCAACGACACUCAAAAAGCUCCAGGGAAAUUGCUAACACCUCACCUGCCUUCCCCACCUCUGCUGGGAAACAGAAGUGUCAAAAACGAAGCCAGCCCUGGGUGUCAGUCGCUGCCGCCUUCAAGCCUCCAAGCUACCACUACUAGCAGGAAUGAUUUAAAUGACAAGCAUGUUGUGCUAGCAAAUUGGGGUUUAAAUAGGAACGGUAGAGAAAACAGUGAGAACAUUGCUUGUUGUUCUGGCUUGGCCGCUGUGAUCUCUCCACCCGACUGCAGCAUGGCCAAAUAUGAACCUUGGGCAAAAAAUACUUGUUCUGUAAGUGGUGUUCAGGCAAGAGCCUGUCAAAAUCAUUCAGUAACCUGCACUGAGAGAAGACCUGUUAAUGCAGAAAAUGGAUUACAUCUCCAUCAUAUCCCAGCAGCUGGAAAAACAAGCACCUCCUGGCGUGGAGCACAUUCUGCCCGAGCUGCAAAGGAGUCUGCUACUGGUUUUGUUCCUGUUACAAGACAAAAUCACGUUCUUGGCAACUAUGAAAAUAAACACAGAGCUGUUUCGGAACACAGAAGACAAAAUGUAGCAUCUAAAGGAUGGGAGCCUACUCAUCAUGCACAGAAUUCGUUAUGUACUGUCCAGCUGAGUCCUGCUCCAUCCACAUUUGAUCCAGUACAAAAGAUGAAAAACAUCUAUAAAUCUGAGGAAGUUUCAGAAAGCACUGUUCAGUUUCUAAUGGCAGAAAAACUAGCAAAUACACACAUGGUGGAGGGUGAAAUCCUGGCAGCUAUGGACAGUGUGCAGCCAGCCAGCCAGCCCUCACUGCUUAACAGGGCUCCGUGUCCAGGCAUGAGUGCACUCUCAGUAGAAGAACAGAGGAUUUUCCAGUCUCUUAAUUAUCUCAGUCAGAGGCUACAAAAUGUUCAAGAAGCCAUUACCAGAAACCCAUUUGCUUCACAUGUUUUACAGAUAAGCACUCCUUAAGUAUUCAGCAAUGCAUGUUCUCCCUUUUGGUGAGCCCUGCAGUGACCUCAGAGCAGUGCCAGAGUGCCUCAGCUAGCAAUCCAUUGCAAAUGUACAGAAGACACUGACAUUAUCUGCUACAGGAUCUUGCAGCUUUUUGUGCUUUAUAUGCAGUGUCUAUACUGUUUGACACUACAAAAUUAGCAACAAAAUAAAGAAGAAAGCAAAACUCAAAUAACAAAUUUAAAUUGACUGGUAAGCAUUUUUAGGAUAAUUGUCUGUUUUAUUCUGCACUUGUCAAAUUAAUUUUAAAAAACCUGCCUGAGUUGUUAUGCCAGUUCUAGAUUAAAGGCCCUUUGUUAGUUAACCAGCAUGAUACCUAAAUCUGUGAAGUUUGUUAAGUGCAAAGAAAUGGUGACUUUUUAACUUCCUCUGUUUGCUCUUUCUCUGCUCUUUCAGUACAAAGUAGAUAAACAUUCACAGAAUCAUCGAAUCACAGAAUCAUUUAGGUUGGAAAAAACCUCUAAGAUCAUUGAGUCCAAUCUGACACCACCAUGUUUACCAUAAACCAAGUCCCCAUGUGCCAUAUCCACACUUUUUUUA